AAGAAACUCAGUCGGAGUGAACAGUUUUUCUGUGUCGUGUUUUCAUUAAUAUCUUUGGACUCUUAAACUAGUUAGCCUAAACAGCUAACAAGAGUUACCAAAAGAUAUCACAAAAGUAAACACAGCUAAUCACUUACAGCAAUGUCUUCCUUCAGUACUGCUAUGACUGAAAAGCUUCAGUGUUCAAUCUGUCUGGAUGUUUUCAAUGAUCCAGUCAGCACUCCAUGUGGACACAACUUCUGCAAGAUCUGCCUGAAGAAAUGUUUGGACAACAGUCAGGACAUCAGCUGUCCAAAUUGUAAAGAAACAUUCAAGCAGAGACCUGAACUCAAGAUUAAUACAACACUCAGAGAUCUUGUGGAUGAACAUAAGAAGAAAACUGCAGAGAAACAACCUGAAGUCCUCUGUGACAUCUGUGAUGAAGUAAAACUGAAGGCUGUGAAGUCCUGUCUGGUGUGUCAGAGCUCUUACUGUCAAACUCAUCUGGAGUCUCAUAUGAGAGUGACAGGUUUAAAGAAACACAAACUGGUUGAUCCUGUAAAUAAUCUGCAGGAUUAUAUAUGUCAGAAACAUGAGAGACCUCUGGAGCUCUUCUGUAGAGAUGAUCAGACAUGUGUGUGUAUCAUCUGUACUGUCACAGAUCACAAGAAUCAUGACUUUGUUUCUGUAAAGGACGAGAGUGAAGAGAAGAAGAUUGAGCUGUUGAAGACACAGACAGAUGUGCAGCAGAAGAUCCAAGACAGAAUCAAGAAAAUUCAAGAUAUCAAACAUUCAGCAGAACUGAGUUUAUAAACUACUUAAGAAGUUCAAUUUUGGAUAAACACAGAGAAGGAGAAAGCAGCCAGCGUUGAGAUCUUCACUGAUCUCAUCAGAUCUAUUGAGAGAAGUCAGUCUGAUCUGAUGAAGAUGAUGGAGGAGAAGCAGAAAGCAGCAGAAAAACAGGAUGAAGAUCUCAUUAAAGAUCUGGAGCAGGAGAUCACUGAGCUGAAGAGAAGAAACACUGAGCUUGAGAAGAUCACAAACACUGAAGAUCAUCUACACCUCAUACAGAUGCACUCAUUCAUCUGUAGGCCUUUAAACAUCAAGAACUGGCCUGAGAUCAGUAUGAAGACUGAUGUGAGUGUGGAUGAGAUCAGGAGAUCUCUGACUCAACUGCAGGAGACUCUACAUGAGAAACUCAGUCAAGCUGUAUUAAAGAGGAUGCAGGAGUAUGCAGUGGAUGUGAAUCUGGAUCCUGAUACAGCAAAUCCAAAUCUCAUCCUGUCUGAUGAUAACAAACAAGUGAGACAUGGAGACAUUAAGCAUACACUCCCAGAUAACCCAAAGAGGUUUGAAAUUUAUGGCAUUAUCUUGGGAAAGCAGGGAUUCUCAUCAGGGAGAUUUUAUUAUGAGGUUCAGGUGAAAGGAAAGACUGGAUGGCAAUUAGGUGUGGCCAGAGAAUCUGUUAACAGAAAGGAAAAGACAACACUGACACCAACGAAAGGAUUCUGGACUAUGUGGAUGAGGAAUGUAAAUAUAUAUGAAGCUAAUGCUGAUCCCCCUGUCUGUCUGUUUCUGAAAGUAAAACCACAGAAGGUGGGUGUGUUUGUGGAUUAUGAGGAGGGUUUGGUCUCCUUUUAUGAAGUGGAGUCCAGAUCUCAUAUCUACUCUUUCACUGAUCAAUCUUUCAAUGAGAAACUAUAUCCAUAUUUUAGCCCAUGUAACAAUAAUAAAGGUAAAAACUCAGCCCCACUGAUCAUCACACCUGUCAAUAACAAUCAAUAAAUUUACCAACCAAAAAAUAAAAUACUAGAUGAAAAUAAUACUUUCUACAAUUAAUGAUAGGUAUGUAAACAUUAAGGGGUGGUUUCACAGACAGGAAUAAGCUUAAACCAGGACUAGACCUUAGUUUAAUUAUGAAAUAUAACUAGUUUUAAUAAACAUUACUU